AUGCGCCGAGCGGUGUGCGCCGCGCGAGCGAAAGAGUCGGGAUCUCGCGAGUUUGAACUGGGUUGGCGCGCGGCGUGGUCCAGCGGUCAGGCGGUCCAAACGACAUCGGCGUUUCGACCGUUUGUAUGGGACGUCGCGACGCAGUGGGCAAUGGCGCCGAAGCAGCGGUCGAAGGUGUACGCGUCGGCCCCCGCCGCGGGCCGGCCGGUGUUCGAUGAACCCGAGCGCAUCCCGGGAAUCCCGAUGAAGGCCCCGGUGCCCAAGUUCCCGAAGAAGGCGCCGUCGUCGGCGCGGCGAGCGCCCACGGCGGAGGAGAGGAGAAAAACAGCGGAGGAUGCCGAGAAGCGCGCGAGGGCGGAGCUCGACGCGGAGGUGGCCGCGAGGCUCGCCGAGGCGGACGCGAUGAAAGUCGCGCUCGCCGAUGCCGCACGGAGCAUCCGCGCCGUCCUCGCCAAGGGCCUCGCGCCGCGCGAACCCGGCCAGGCCAAGCCCGGGGGACGCAUCAUCCGCGAGUCGUCCAAGGAGAACCGCGGGGCGAACGUCGUGGGGACGGAGGAGACGCCGGAGGAGAGGAACGCGCCCCUCCUCGCCAAGUUCCGACGCGCGCAGGCCGACAGGGCGGAGCAGGACAAGGUCAUCGCCGCGAUGCGCGGGCUCCUGAGACGCGCGGGAGCCACCCCCGAGAUGAUCGACCGCGCCGUCGACCGCGAGCUCUUCCCGGGCGUCGAGAACCCAUCCGACGAAUCAGUCGUCGCGCCGGGAUCGUCGCGCGAGCUGCUGAUGCGCGAGGUUCGACGCCUUCGAGCUCGCGAGAAGGCUGCGUCGGGGGUGGUGACGGCCAAGACGGGCGGGCCGAGGGCUCCGGGCGGCGGCGGAAGCUUCGAGGCGCGAUCGCGUCUCGCCGCGGUGGCCGCAGCGCUCGAGGACGUCGCCAACGGCCGAGCGCCCGCGGCUUCGCGACCGUCCGAGCAUCCGGGAACCCUCGGCACCAUCGGCACCGUCGGCACCCUCGGCACCGUCGGCACCGUCACCGCGCCGCCCCCGAUCGCGCUCGCGUCCCCGCGGAUGCCGCCGCCGCCGCCCAUCGCGAUACCCCCGCCGUCGCCGUCGCCGUCCGUCCUAUCCGACAUCGACGGAGCCGCCGCGAUGGACGCGUUGGAGCGACGACUGGGCCGGCAGCUCGAGCACCAGGCUCGGAUGAUCGAGGCGACGACGCGCCAGCUCGAGGCGCAGCACAGGGAGGACACGGCGCGGCUGGAGCGGGAGGCCAAGGCUCGAGCCGAGGAGGUGAAACGAGCGAGGCGCGAGAGCGAGCAGCUCGUGGCGGAGACGGCGGAGAGGGUGGUGGACGUGGCGCGGCGGUCGCUGCCGCAGACCCCGGUGCCCACCCCGCGGGGGCGGGAUAUCGGCGCGAGGGAGGAGCCCGGCGGCGACGGCGGCGCCCGCGGCGAUAAAGCGUCGGACAAAGCGGCGGACAAAGCGGCGACGAAGAUGAACGAACGCAUGGCGGAGGUCAUCGACGAUCUCGUCGACGAGUUGCGUCUGGGCGCGGAGACGGCGGCGGAACGCGACGAGUCACGAAAGCAGGAACACGCGCUCGUCGCCAAGAGGCUCGAGGAGGUGACGAAAUCGCACAGCAUGAACCUCAAAGCCGCCAAAGCCGACAUCGCUCGAGUCACCAAGGACGAAAUCGCCAAACUGGACAAGGUCAACGAGGAACGCGCGAGGGACCUAGCCGCGACGGUGCUCGCCUCCGAGCAGGUGCUCUCCAUCCGCGUCGAGGAGGGCGUCGAGAGGAACGCGUCGGAGGUCAAGGCGGCGGUGGAGGCGGCGAGGGCGAAGGAGGAGGCGGCGAGGGCGAAGGACAUCGCCGACGUCGCGGAGAAAAUCGACGAGGCGGCGUCCGCCGCCACCGCGCGCGCCGCGUCGCUCGAACGCGAGCUCGCCGCCGCGCUGGAGCGCUUGGAGCUCGAGCUCGUUGGCGCCAGGGGAGAGACGGCGAAGAUCAGGCGGGAGUUUGAAGAGACCGCGCACACCCGCGCGGAGACGCGAGUCGCCGCCGCCGAGGCUUCCGCGGCGGUGCGCGAGGUGGCUAAACUUCAGAAGCGGCUGCUCGCGGCGCAGGUGGACGCGCGGCUGGGAUGGCGGGAGACGCAGAGACUGCACGCGGCUCGCAUGGAGAACAUGGCGGCCAAGCUGGUGGAGUACACGUCGCGGGAGCGAAGGCUUUCCGAUGAGCUUCACGAGCGCGGGGUUCAGCUCGAGCUCGAGCGGCGGGAACACGCUCGGCUGCGGGGGAUGCACGCGGAGAUGUGGAAGGAGACUUCCGUCGCUCGGCGCGGGCGGUACGAGGCGGAGCUCGCGGCGUCCACCGCAGCGGAGGCUGCGGCGGCGGCGCGGGACGCCGCCGUUCGAGAGAUUUCAAAAUCCAGGGACGUGGCGCUCGCCGAGAUGGCCAGGCUCAGGGCGCACUACGAGUCCAUCGCGGCGGCGAACCCGAAGGCGCAGGGGAAGGCCGAGGCCGCCACCGUCGUCGAGGCCCUCAACGCAGAGCUCGCAGAGGCUCUGAGGCAGCGGCGCAGCGUCGAGGGCGACCUGCAGGACGCUCUGCGGCGGUUGAGGCUUCACGCCGCGGAUCUCGUGGCGAGCAGGCGGGAGAUUUUGUCACUGCGGGAGGCGCUGGAGCGAUCGGGCGCCGCGGGCGACGGCGACGGCGGCGACGCGGCGGCGGCGGACGCGAGUCGCCAGUCGCGUCCGGUCGAGCCCGUCCGAUCGGGCGAGCCGCUCACGCCUCGGGAGUUUGACGCGCCGCCGGUGAUGUUUCAAACGCCGCCAGCUGUGUACCCGACGAGUCGCGGCUCGAUCGCGAUCGUGGACGAGGACGAGGCGAGCGAGACGGGCGAGACGAGCGAGGGUUCGCCGGAGAUGCGCGCGAUGCUCAAGGCGUCCGCGGAGGCGAGGGAACGGCUCGAGGCGCUGACGAGGCUGAGGUUCGACGAGGUUCCCCUGUCGCCCAAGUAG